GUUUGGCAAGGCGGUUAAAUUUAAAAAAUGUAACCAGAGGACAAUGCCAAGAGAAAGGAUUGGUAAUAGGGUGUAUUAUUUGGAAAAAGACAUAUAAAACAUACAAAUACAUUUUCUAACUAAUAUAACAGCAGUUAUCUUCAUGCACAAAUGGAGGACCCUGGAUCUGUACAAAAUGAAAAUGGCCAGACUGAACUGAAACAGAAGAGGAGGAUCUCAUCAAUAUUGAAGGCACCUCGGAGUCCCCUUACGUCUAUUCUGCCUAUCAAUGACAGAGUUAAGGAGUGUCCAACAAAGCCAGUUGAAAAAAAACAGCGCAAAUCUCGGAGAGUCAGCUUUGCUGAGACCACAGGUGUAAAGGUGUUUGAGAAAGAGGCUACAGAGAUAACACUUUUGGAUAAUGCAGCAAAGGAAGUGGAAGGGCAGCAGCAGAAGAUGGAUACUGUUCAAGAUGUGAAACGACAGAUUAGUGGUAUGGAAACAUUGCUUCAUGCUCCCAUCCAAGUUCCACAGCAACAGUUUGGCGAAAACUACAAUGAACAAGUCAACAUUGAGAGAACCACGGGUGACAGGACAAUUGUGUUUUCCGGUGAUGACAAUGAAGACAUGGAUAUGACCUACAGCCACACCGUUCUCAUUAAUGAAAACCCUCCAUCAAAAACUGGAAAAGUGGACUUUAAGGAUUUUCUUUCCAGGCUUAAUGCAGCAAAAAAAACAGAUGAACAACUAAAGAUAACAACAAAUCAGAAUGUGCACCAUCAGACAAGUGACAUGGAAGCCUUUAUUUGUGAUUCCAAUGCAGUUACACAGCAAAAGUUUGAGAAAAACUGCAAUGAUCAGUUCAACUUACAAAGAACCAUGGGAGACAAGACAGUUGUAUUUUCCACUGAUAACAAUGAGGACAUGAGUUUGACUCGUAGCCACACCGUUCUCAUUGAUGAAAAUGAUGACAAUAAAAGGAAAAGUAGAGCUUCUACUUCUGUCAAGUUGGAUUUCAAAACGUUCAUUUCGGGUGUAAAGACAAGUGAAGAGGAUAAUCUGUCCGGAAGAAGGCAGGACAGUACACCUUAUAGUAGUUGUGAAGAUCACGCGCUCUCUGUGAAAGCCCUUGCAGAAAACAAAUCUCAGUUUACAGGGUUCCUAUCGAGCAUUAACCCUAAUGGACAAAGUGCAUCUUUAAAUUUAAAUGGACCAAUUGAUAAUCUGCCAGUAAUUCAGCCAAAUCCUCAUUCAUUAAAAGCUGGAAAAGUAGACUUUAAGGAUUUUCUUUCCAGACUUAAUGCGGGUAAAUCCACGACUGCUAAAGAAAACAGUUUUGCUGCAAGUACAGAGAUGUUCAGUUUUGACUUGGACAAACCGGGGGUGAACAAUGCUAAUAGUUCUUUGCUAACUAACACUGAUAGUUUAGGUGUGAACUUCUUUCCAGAAAAAAGGAAUGUUUUGUUGGCGGAGCCGGAUGUGGAGAUUACCAAAAGCCGCACUGCUGCAAUUGACGGCAACUUUAUGAGACGGUUAACUGGUCAACAAGAGGAUUUUACCGGAAAUCAAAAAAAUCAACCAAGUAUGUCAUUAUUUCCCACUGACCAGGAACUAAAAAGGAGUAACACUGUUAGCAAAAAGUCUGUUAACCAGGCACUGCGUGAAAGUGUACCGGGCUCUUCGUUCCUUUUCCCUAAAGAUCAAACCAUUGUGUUUGCUGGAGAUGACAAUAUGGAUAUGACUAGAAGUCACACAGUUGCAAUAGAUAGUCAGAGUCUACAACUUAAUAUGACUGGACAAAGAGUGUUUGGUACCGGUAAGGAAAUCCGCUGUGAAUCUGGAAAAUCUCUAAAGACAAGCAGUACUGUAGAAAAUCAUACAGAAAUGUCUGGACUUGGUCUGAAUCUGUCAAGGAAGAGCAUCACUGCUCACUACUCCCAACCUGAUGAGCAAGAUGAUAUGGAAAUGACAAGAAGCCAGACAGUUGUAAUUGACUACAAGGAUGUUGAGGCAGUUAGCAAUCCAGUUACAUGGACUAGUCAAAGUGUUGCUGCCCCAGUAAUGUCACUUCCCACUGAUAAAACAGUUGUGUUUUCUGAAGAACUGGAUGAUAUGGACAUGACUAAAUGUCAUACCGUGGCUGUUGAUAGCAGAAGUCUUUCACAAACUUCAAAUGGAGGCAAUAUGACAUGCAAGAAUAUGGAGGCAGUUAAUCCACCAAUGGAGAUCCUUAGAAAACCUCGGGAAAGUGUGUGUGGUUUAUUUUCACUUCCUGCAAAUAACACUGUUAUGUUCACUGAGGAACAGGAUGACAUGGACAUGACUAAAAGCUUAACAGUAGCUAUUGACUACAAGUCUAUUGAGGCAGUUAAUCCAUUAAAGGAGUUCACCAGAAAAUCAAGGAGAAGUGUGGCUGGUUUAACACUUCCUGUGGUUAAAACUGUGGUGUUUACAGAGGAACAUGAUGAUAUGGACAUGACCAAAAGCCAUACAGUGGCUAUUGACAGUAAGCGCUUUAUGCAAGCUUCAGAAGUCUUUUCAGAAUCUAAGUCUUUGUCUAAAAGUGGCCUGAACAGUGCUUUAGUCUGUGAUGAACAAGAUGAUAUGGAAAUGACAAGAAGCCAGACUGUUGCAAUAGACUACAAAAAUAUAGAAGCAGUCAAUGUUCCAGCAGCGAGUCCCAGCAAAAGAAGUACUCCUGGGACCGUACCUAUUGAUAAAACAGUUGUGUUUUCUGAAGAACUGGAUGAUAUGGACAUAACUAAAAGCCAUACUGUGGCUAUAGACAGCAGGAGUCUUUUACAAACUUCAAAUGGAGGCAAGAUGGACUACAAGAAUACGGAGGCUAUUAAUCCACAAAUGGGGGUCACCAGGAAGCCUAAAAAAAGUGGUUUAUUUUUUCUUCCUGCAGAUAAAACUGUUCUGUUUGCAGAGGAACAUGAUGAUAUGGACAUGACUAAAAGCCAUACAGUGGAUAUUGACAGCAGGGGCCUUUCAGAGUCCUCCAGUAAAGAAAAGAUCGACUGCAAACAUUUAGAGACUGUGAAUCCACUUUUUGGGACGAGAAAAUCUCGAAAAAGUGUGGCUGGUAUAUGUUCUCUUCCUGCAGAUAGAACUGUUAUGUUUGCAGAGGAAAAUGAUGAUAUGGACAUGACUAAAAGUCAUACAGUGGCUAUUGAUAGCAAGAGCAUCUUACAAGCUUCAAACAAAGAAACGACUGUGUUAAAAUCUACUUUGUCUUUGUGUAAAAGUGACCUUAGUGCUGUUUUGUUGUCUGGUGAGCAAGAAGAGCAAGAAGACACGGAAAUUACAAGAAGCAAAACUGUUGCAGUCGACUACAAAAAUAAUUUAAAUUGUAAUCUAGUAAUGGGGAUCUCUAGGAAAAGUGUUGGUUUAGUAUCCCAUCCAUUAGACAAAACCGUAGUGUUUUCAGGGGAUGAAAAUGAUAUGGAAAUUACUAAAAGUCACACAGUUGCUAUUGACGGUAGCAGCAUUGAGGCCAGUGCAAAACAGAACUUAAUUAUACCAAAUAAGCCUGGAAGAGCAAGCUCCCUGCAGAUAAAUUGGAUUUCUCAGAACAAAAACACUGAAGAUGAAAUGGAAAUGACCAGAAGUCAUACUGUCUGUAUAGAUGACCACCUUCCUAUAGAGACUCGAGGUAUAUGCAGUGUUGUAUCAUCUUUUGAUGAUAGGACUGUAGUAUUUUCAUCUGAACAGGAUGAUAUGGAUAUAACUAGAAGCAAUACAGUAGCAAUCGACAACAAAGAUCUGCAGACCACUAGAAAUGUGAGAGAAUCCGUAUUGGUUGCUCCUAAUGAGCAAAACAGUGUUUUCUCUAGAGGAGAAAGCAGGGAUGAAAACCGUGGGAUUGGUGGCAGUAAUGAGAACCGUGAACAUCUAAACAAUAAAAAAAUAUGUUUUGACCCUGAGAAGCAAGAGGCAGAAGUUGUAGAUUCUAAAGACAAGAUAGAUGCUGCUAAUGUCGGUAAUCAAACUGCAAAACAUAAGAGAAAGAGUGUAUCUUUCAGAUUUCCAGAACAUGAAUUAGAUUCUGAAAGAGAAGUAAAAAUAAUCUGUACAGAUCCAACCACCGAGUUAAACUGUUUGAAUGCUAUUGCUUCGGAAAACACUGAAAGUUUCAGGUGUCAGACACUAAAUAAAGAACUUACUGAAACUGUUCAUGUGAGUAAGGCAAGUGAAGAUUUAAACAUGGGAAAUGAUGAAGAGCAUACACCCUACCAGCCUCCAGUGGUGGAAGGUGAUGUAAAUAAAUCAAUGCAGAAAACAUCUUCCUGUGAAGAAUCCAUAUUUACAGGAGAAGAGCCUCUACUUGUGGCCACAAAAGCUAGAAGGAGUAGUCUUGCUCUUAUCCAUUCAAAGCUUAAAAGCAUUAGAAAGAUUUAUGAAGAAUGUCCAGAGAAGGAAAUGUCUAGUCAUACAGCCCCUUUGCAAGUAAUAGAGUUAAAACCUGAAAACACAGAUUGCAAGAAUGAAGAUGCAUUAUCUAACAAAAGCUGUCGAAAUGAGAAUAAAAGGAUUAGUGACAAAACUGAGUUCAUGGAAGAAGCGCCUGAAGAGCCUAGGGAUCGGCCAUUGGAAACCAGUUUUGUUCUUGGAGAUCAAACUAGGAAUGUGACAGCGCCAGUAAACUUCAGCAAAGAAACACCUCAAACGAAAAGGUUGUCACUUGGAGUUUUCCUUCCUAAGCUGCCGAAUAAAAAGAGACCACAUUCGUCUGAAGGAUUUUUGGAUGACAGUAAUCCAACUAAGUUAACAGGCUACCAUCUCUUUGGAAAACACCUCACUAAAACAGCUGGUUUGGGAGCUCUAGAAGAUGCAUCUAAGCUAGAAAGUACAUUUUCUUUGGUGCAAAAUAGAGAUGAAGAAAUAUUUCCAGAAUUUAAUGAUGAGAUGGAUUCAGCUGAAAGCUUGAACAGUGAAUUUCCAACAAGCAGUUAUGAUGAGACCAAGCCUAUGGAGGAACUUCAAAAAAAGAGAAGUAUGGAGGAUUCAUUCUUUGUCUGCCCAGAACCAGUGGGAACAAGAGGCCACAAAAGACCAUUGCCAGAAGAUAGCAGCGAGGAUAAAAUGUUAAUUGAGAGUACUAAGAAAAGGAGGAGCCAAGAUGGGGUGUCUUCAAAUACAGAACAGGUGACAAAGUAUACGAGCCAGUGGGACAGCAAUGGAGAAGGUAUCACAGCAGAAAAUCCACCGAGUAUGCUGGCUAAGACCUUGGACAGCACCAAUUCUAGCAGCAACACACUCAACUUUACCAAAUGUGAUAGUACCUUUGGUGACUUAAGUGAACAGAGAUACAGUCAGAUGGAGUCGCAGUUUCUAGAUGGUGAUCGGUAUGAACACAACUUAAGAGAGAAACUUCUGGAUGGCAGUAUCACAGUUAAAGAGUUUUUACAGGUCCUUGGGGUCAAUAUCCUUAUCCAGAAACCUAGACAGAGCCAGCUUCCCCCAAAAUUUGCAUCCGAUGCAGCCCCUACACCUGAGGAUUGGCUAAAUGAGAUGCAUGUUUAUCGGCCACAACUUAAGGUUUAUGAGGAAGACUGCCAAGCCCUGUGUGAAACCAUUGAGAAGUUAAAGAAACGAAGUUGUGAUCAGGAGAAAAGAUUGAGGAGUUUAAAUGAACCUCUUUGGAAGAUGGUGAAAAUGUAUUCUGAAGAACAGUUGAGAAGCCUAGGAUCGAUGCUGAAUGAAAAGAAGUCAGAUUUCAGAAGGAAAUCUAAAAUGUUGUCUCACGAAAGAAAGGUUGGCUUGUAUUCCAAGCUGCUGCAGUCUGCACAGUCUGAACAGAAGAAAUUGAAAGACAAGAUUACCAUGGCUGACAAAUUACUUUCUGACCUGGAUGAAUGUAUGAAUUCUCUGGAAGCUGAAGUUGCAAACAUGGAUUUAUAUGAGGUGGAAAAAGAUGACAACAGUAUUUCGGAGCUGGAACUUGCUGUGAAAGCAAUGGAAGAAGAAUGUGAACAUUUAAAGACACAGGAGGCAAAUAUUGAAAGAGAACAGUUGCAUUUAUAUUCUGAACAAAAGGAUAUGAAGAGUAAACUUUGUAAGCUGCAGGAGGAAAAAAGUCAGUUGGAAAUGUCAAUUCAAGAGCUCAGCAGCUUGGCAGAAUGGACACUUUCUGAAUGGCUGGAUGACAGAGCCGUCUUCACCUUUCUUAAUGGUUCCCUUGAACUUGAACUGAUAUUUGGAGAACCAGUUGAUGGAGUACAGAAGAUACUGGAUAUAAAGGUUUACACACUCCUGGAUGAUGAGGCAGCCCCAUCAUCUUCACUUGUUACUCACAAACUGAUCACUCAGUUUUUUGAGAGUAAUGGCAGCUUGUUCCAGAAAUACACAACACAGCAAGAUCUUCAAAAGCUUCUACUUGAUAUUUCUCUUGUGGUCUGUCGUUGUCGCCUCCUUGGAGAAGAACUCUAUUAUCUCCAGAAGAAUGGCCCUGCUAAGUUUGAAAUCCUGGAAAUGGUGAUUCUGAACACAGACAUCAAGAUCAUCUUCUCCAGUUUCAAAGCAUUUGCCAAGUUUGAGAUCACAUUGUCUCUAACCCCAGUUUACCCAGCAUCUCGACUUCAUCUGUCAAGUUUCAAAAACUACAUUGGAAACGCAAGCUGUGACCUGGUGGAACAAAUAGUAUCUACUGUUAAACCAGCAAAUUCUUAUUUGACCAGAAUAGUUGAAAAGAUUCACCAAGAUCUACUCACUAAAGAGCAUCCCUGGAACAAUAUGUGUUGAAGAAGCUCAAUAUAUCCUCAUGUCAUUUUGUAUGUAAUGCAAUGUGACACUGUAUAAAGCCAUAUUGGUGCAGCAACCCCUGCCAAUACUGUGGAUAAUAUAUGCAGAUAAAGCCUGGAAACUUGUUUCCAACCUUUUUAUGUAACUUUGAAACAUGUUUAUGUGUAGAAUUGUUGUAGUAUAAAACUUGAUGUUUUUGUUAUAUUUAGAAAGUUGGAUUUUGUCAGAUAUUCAAAUCAGUGUUCUGGUGUUUUUAUGCAAUACAAUGUUAUUUCAGCAUAAUUUUAAAAGGAGGCAACAUUUCCUGUUUUUUUUUCAUUACUCAUAAAUGGCAUAGACUUUGUUUUCCAUUCUGAAAAUGCAGUGAUAUUCUAACCAAAAUCAGAUGACAAAAUAACUUUUGUCCCUUUUUAAAAAAAAAAAGUGAAUUCAGUUGUUGAA